UUUAAAGUUUUUUACACGAGGACGUCGGUAGAAUCAAUGGUGUCACACAAUGCAGUUCUCAAGGGUGAUAUUGUUUAUUAUCUGCAUAGGCCGACAAAAAGUGCAUACAUUGGCUCGGUUAUAGCGUCAGAUGUUCAUCCAGCGAGAAAUAGUAAUGAAGUUACUCAUGACAAAUGUGAAAAUGAAAACACGGUUAAAGUAGAUUGGAGGACGUUUGGAUUUAAAUCUAAUAGUAGCUCCAUACCACUCAAUUUAAAAUCAGAUGAAGUUCACUUUUUGGACAGAAGUUAUAUGCCUGGAGAGGUCGUUCAAAACUUAGAAACCAAUAUGAUUGGAACGAUCUCAAAUGUCUGUAUGACAGCCCAUGCAGAAAUACUAGAUCACCAGAAGGUCAUGUUCGAUAUUCAGUGUGAUCAUUUAAGAAGUGUAUAUCCAUGGACCACACAUGUUGACGAAAACUAUGUGAUUUGGAACAGUUGGCUCGGUCGGGUGUCAGAUUGUCGUCUUAUGGCAAUCAUUCGAUUUUUGGAUGGAGCACGACUUCUUGUUGGAGAUAAUUGCCUAGAAUGUUUUGAGUCAUUUUUAUCAGUGCCAGAUGAAUAUAUGAAUAACAAUUACGAAGGUAUUUGGUUGAUCGGUGAUGCGUUGGAUUUAAGAUCUAAUGCGAAUUCAUCCAAAUCAAGUAAAUUUGAUUUUCUCAGUUUACCUGUGGAUUCGACCUCUAAUAAAUGUCGUAACACAGAUAAGUCAACAAAUUCAGAAUCAAUGCAACCGUCUGAUGUAUAUAACAGUUCACAUUCAGCCAACAAAACAUUCCCACUUGGACAUCCUAUUAAAUUUCUACAGGCACUUGCACAAUAUCCUAUCACUAAAACAUUCUCUCAUCAUCCUGAACAAAUAACAUGUCUUUUGAAACGUACACCUAUUUUCUUAGUUGAAACACCCGCUCAUAAUGCUGUUUGGCUUUCUCGAUUAAAAUCUAGUGUAGAUGUUGUAUUUUGUGUGGAACAUUUUGCUCCUGUUGAAGCCACUAUUCAUUGGCUCGCUAAUCGAAAUUCACAAUCAGACAAACCGCCUCCGCGUGUGAUUCAUGGAUUGGAUUUGGGAAAUUUAAAAUCAGUCAUUUCAAACUCUUUUAUUAACUGUCAAGUAGGUGAUAUUUGGUACUACGAACUACAGGAAUCUGAUAAAAUUUAUAACAUGAGUAAUUUUACUCGACCUGAGCAAUUGUUAUAUAAAUGGUUCACGAACGAUAUUUCCGGUCUUGGAGCAGUGUUUUCACUUCCACUGAAUGAUGACAAACCGAUGACAGAUCAAGGCAAAUUCAAUGGGAAUUGUGUCAUUAGUAAAAAAGAAGUAGGAAAGUCAAUUGUUGAAUCCUCAUCAGUUACUGGUCUGAAAAGUUCAGGAUUAUUAGCAGGAGAAAAAAUGCCAAGCAGGACAACACCGUUUUGGGCACAAGUAAAUCUAUUUGCUUCGCAACGUCGUCGUAGGCGAGUAACUGUGGAUCCACGGCAUCGUAUUCCUCGCACAGACAUUUUUCAUUGGGCUCACAGAUUUCAUAGAUCAACAAGAUCUUUCACUUCAUACAUUGAUAUUAGUGCUGAUGUCUCUAAUCACGAUGGUGAUGCCAAUGUUGAUGAGAACGAUACACUAGAACAAACAAAAGACCAGUCACAAAUACAAGAUCAAAACGAUCAACAACAUAAAAAAAUCGAUCAUGUGAAAGAGAGUAAUCACCAACUGAUAACGUUAACUUGUAAACGUAUUUCUUGUGAUAAUUCAAAUCUGGUUAAUAAACCAGUUUUGAAUCCCGUGGAAAAUACCACGAAAAUUGAUUUAUCUUUGAAAUCUACAGUAGAAGCACGUGUAGUCUCAGGAGAAGCAGUACCAUCAUCACCACCGAUCGCAGUAACUCUCACUUCUUGUACCACUAGUACCACUACUACUGCGGUGAAAGAUCUCAAUGACACUAAUAGAAAUGGAAAUUCUAUUCUGUCGCCAGUGUAUAUUAUUUCGUCAGAUGCUUCAGUAAACAAAUCUACAACGAAUACCACUUUACCAUCAGAUCAAAUAAAUACUGUUGAUGGUGAUGAUCUUAAUCAUGAUAAUAACACUCAUGUCGAGGAAAAAAGAGAACGCUUCUGCAAAAAAACUAGGUUAUCAAAACAUUCAAGGCGUCUACGUGUUCUUCGUCGACAAGCGGAGUAUAUUCAAGAAAAACGCGCUAUCCAUUUAAGAGCUGGCGAUUGGGUACCUGUACGAAUUUAUGCAACUAAUUCACUGUAUGAUAUAAAAUGGAUUGAUGGAUCUGUAUCGAAAGGUGUUGCCUCUGAUAAGAUAAUAUCGUUUGGUGGACACAUAGAGCAUUAUUUAUUUCCUGGAUUUUUAGUUUCUUUGAAAAGUGAUAAAAAUUGCCGUUCACAGCCUAUCCCACCGAAUUCAGUUGUGAAUGACCCCUCCUCAAUAGCAGUUACCGAAACGAUUGAGAGACUAAAUACUGUUCCAUCCUCUACAAUCGAAUUGUCUUGUGAUCACCCUAGAGAUCUUGGAGUAGCCCUUGCUUAUAAUACGAAUGAUCGAACUUGUCUUGUUCAGUGGUUCAAAACUGGAAACUCUGAAACUGGUUCCUUGCCAAUGAUUCCUCUUGGUUCUCCGGAAGAAAUUGGUGUCUAUGAAAUUUCUGGAUCUGGAGAAUAUCAAAUGAAUUAUGGUGACAUCGUUCUUAUCAAAUCUGCCAGUGAAACUGAUUAUUCAAUUUAUCCUGCUGGUGUUUUAGAAGAUAUUAUUCCGGAAUCAGGUAAACUAGUAAUUCGUUGGAUUGAUGGAACUUCAAGUGAAGUUUAUCGUACCGAUUGUUUACAAGCAAUUGAAGCUGAUGAUGAUUCUACAGAUUAUGAAGAUUCCUUCGACUCAGAAUUCAGCGAUUCAGAUGAUGAAAAAACCGAAAAGUGGGAAUUGUAUUCAACUUCUUCGGAAUCUUCGUCUUGUUCAAGCUUUUAUUCUACAUCUGGUUCCUGCUCUUCGUCUUCUUCAUCUAACGCAUCUGAUAGUAAAAAUGAUAAUGACAGUGCGUGUUUACAAGUUACGCAACCAACAUAUGAAGAUGAUUUACGACCUGUUGGAAUUAAACUUUCACUUGCCAGUCAACAUGUUAAAUCUGCGCACAGACUAUUUUCUGAUCGAGUUACAUUUGUUUUGUGGUUAAUGCGGUGUUUUGUUACAAUUUCUGGCAUUGCAGAUGAUAUCCUUGAACAGGUUUACUCAGCACUUCGUAAUGCAGCUCUAAUCGAUCCUACGGAAAUAAAUACUGUUAGUUCUACUUCAUUGAAUACAUCUCAUACUGAAGAUUCGACUAGUGAUACAUCUUUAUUAACUAAGAGAGAAAACGUAUGGAGUGACGCUGAUGAAGUAGAAGCUAUAUCGUGUGUAGAAAUGCUCACUACUGGACGGUCAUUACUCUACGAAGCAUUCCGGUUGAUUAAGGAUUACAGAAUCAGGAAAAUGGUUAGUAUAAUUAUAUAUUACAAAUUAUGGAAUAUGCUUAAUUUACUGGUAUGCAUUCAUGUUAGUAUUUCUCGAAUCAGUUUCGAUGUGCGGUAUAAAAUUAAACAAACCAUGUCAACUAUAAUCCAAGAAAAUGAUGAUCAUUUCACAGAUGAACCUUCAACGAAACGUACAAAAUAUUUAUUUGAAACUUCGUCAUCAAAUAAUGAAGAAGGAUUUAAUCAGAAUGCAUCUUUCAAUUCAUUGAUCGAAGAAAACUUUAUAAAAUUACGUUCAACAAAUAUUUUACCAAGUGUGUCACCAUAUUUAGGUACAGAUAAUGCAUCGAUUAAUAAUAUGAGUAGUUCUUCUGAUUUAAAUAUACCACAAUGCGAUCAUGGGAAUGAAUUCGCACUUUCAAAAUCACAUCCAUCUAGUUGUCACUUAUCCUCUACAAAUAUCGAAUCAGUAUCUUUACGUGGCAAUCUUGAUUCUUAUUCUUCAAUUGCUCUGAAUAAACCUCCUACAUCUCAACAACAACAACUACAUCAGUACCCACAUUAUCAACAUUCGGAACAGUUGGAAAAUCUAUGCACCGAAAUGUCGAAUCCAACUAGUGAUAAAUUAUUGCAUGUAUUAUCAACUUCAUCUUCAACAUCUUCGUUUACUCAUAAAAAUGAUUUAAAUUGUCCCGGUACUUCUAAUGACGUUAUUAAAACAAGCGAACUACCGGCGGCAAAAAGUACUUGUUCAAAUAUCCAACAAUUUAUAUCUAAUGGAAAUUACAUCACCACUACUAGUAAUAAUAACCCACUAUUGUUAAUGAAUAAUGAAUCCUUAAAUAAUUCAUCUGAUCAUCUAUCUAUAAGUGAAGAAAGUGAUGUCAAUACACCAUCAAUAUUCUGUCAGUAUCAGUCGCUAAUAACAACAACAAAUACUACUGCUACUACUACAACCAAAAAAACAUUCACAGCAAUAUCAAAUGUAACUACAAGAAGUGACAAUGAAAUUGAAUUAAUGAAUUCAAAUGGUUGCAAUGUCGAUUUGAUGCCAAAUUUUACAGAAUCUAAUGAAAAUAAUCACAAUUCCCCUAAAUCUAUUAAUAAUACAUUGAAUUUAUUAGAAAUUUCCAAUUCAUCAUACCCUAUAACAACUAAUCAUAUUAAAGAUUCUUAUUUUCCAUCUAUGCUUAUUCAUGAUAAUUUAUUAUCGGAAGAAAAUCAAUAUUCUAUCAAUGAACAAUCAUGGAUCAUUUCUGAAAAUAUCAAUAAUCAAAAUUAUUUUAAUACACAAGAUCAAAAUAAUAAUAAUAAUCAAUUUUAUUUACCAUUCAAUGAUCAUUAUAUACAAUAUCAACAGAAUACAUAUAAUCAUUAUGAAAUGAUUAAUUCUACAAAGAAUAAUAUAUUACAACAAGAAAAAGAAGAACCAAUAACAUGUUCAUUAAAUUCAACAUUAUUAUCAAAUUUAUAUAAUAAUAAUAAUAAUAAUAAUAAUAAUAAUAAUAAUGACAAUUAUAUUCAAACAAAAAUAAUGAACUCUAUGAGAUUAAAUUCAAUAAAUGAAGCAUUACAUAUUUCAAAUCAACCACAACAUCAACAUUAUGAACAUUCCAAUUUACAACAUCAACAGUUGAAUAUAAAUUAUAAAGAUUUAGAUAAAUCAGAUGAUAAAUUUACAAGAAUAUUUAUAUGGGAUUUAGAUGAGACAUUAAUUAUAUUUCAUACUCUUCUUACUGGUUAUUAUGCGCAUAGAUAUGGCAAGGAUCCGGCAGUAGCUGGUAGCUAUGGUUUACGAAUGGAAGAGUUAAUUUACAAUUUGGCCGAUACAUAUUUAUUUUUCAAUGAACUUGAAGAAUGUGAUCAAGUUCAUAUUGAUGAUAUACGCGGAGAUGAUAAUUAUCAAGAUUUAAUGAAUUAUCGUUCAGAUAAUGAAGCAUAUGGAGAAAAUUCUUCAACAAUAUCACAAUCGAUUAUUUUAUCACCAUCAUCAUCGUCAACAACAGCAACAACAACAACAACAACAACGGUACAUGCUCCGAUGACAUCUUCAUUAGAAACCUCAUCACCCAUAAAUGGGAGUAUGCUGUCACCACCACCAAUAUCCUCAGUAGCACCAUUAACAAAUAUGAUUGGAGAAAUUCCAACUAGAGUUAAUACACCAACCUUACAUGGUAGUAUGGAAUGGAUGCGUAAAUUGGGAUUUCGUUAUCGUAGAAUACGUGAAAUCUAUAACUAUUCAAGACAUAAUGUUAGUGUACUUUUAGGUUAUCCUAAAGCAAAUCAAUGGAUUCAUUUAAAAAAUAAUUUGGAUAUAUUAACUGAUCAUUGGUUAAGUAUGGCUAUAAAAGCAACAGAGAAAAUUAAUAAUCGUGAAGAUAGUGUUAAUAUAUUAGUAACAACAACACAAUUUAUACCAUCAUUAGCAAAAAUUUUAUUAUAUGGAUAUGGUAAUUCAUUUCAAAUUGAAAAUAUUUAUUCUGCUACAAAAGUUGGUAAAGAGAAUUGUUUUGAACGAAUCGCAUCAAGAUUUGGAAGAAAAUGCACUUACGUAGUUAUCGGAGAUGGUAAAGAAGAAGAAGACGCUGCAAAACAGUUCCACUGGCCAUUUUGGAGAAUAAAUACUCAUUCGGAUUUGAAUGCUUUAAAUCACGCUUUGGAUUUAGGAUACUUAUAGUUUAAUAAUCUUAUGUGAAGUAUUCAUUUUUGAUUUUUGCUCUUGCAUUAUUAUUAUUAGUAGUAUAUUUCGUAUAAUAUAAAUUAAAACAACUUACGUUUUUAUUUUAGAAAAUAAAGUACCUAUCUUUAACAAAUCUAACAUGUACAUAUUUCAUCUUAG